AGCACAGCUUCAAUGAUAGUGCAUAUCUUAAGUAGUCUGUAACCAGCGUUGGCAAAGUUGGAGCACUGCGAGAGGUACAUUACUUUCAAGGCUUGGCAAGAUUAAUGGAGAAAAGAGAGGAAAUGAUCUGGUCUUGUGGUAGCUGGAUGGUGAUGAUGAUGAUGAUGGUGGUGGUGGGUAAUGGGAAAGCAGAGAUGAUGGUGGCCCCAGAGUCCCCCUUCUGCACACAGCACGUAACCUUCCUUACCUGUGACUUCAAGGGAGCAGACGAGACUGUAGUACUUGAUGACGUGAAACCAGUGACAGGGAAAGAAGUCAAUAGGAUAUUCGUGCACAAUGUUCAAGAAUUGAUAAUUAUAGGAAACGUGUGUGUUCAUCUGGCCAUUUACAACGUGGCCAGUGUAAACUUCAGCACCACCAUCACCUGUCAACAACCUGAUCUCUCACUCAAGUUGGAGAACUCGGCAACAAACCUGGUACCUGGCUACAUUGCCCACCUAAAUCUAGUGGGGUCAUCUGCCCAAAAAGUUGUCUGUCACAAUGAUCUUAAGUUCCUUUCUGUAAUGAACUCAAAUUUGGGAGUGCUAAAUAUUAUUCGUCCUCUACAUGAUGUCACUGUUAAAUUUGAAGAUUCUGUGAUUGAUGUUCUAGCAGGGUUGAAAUUACAAAGCAAGUCACAGUUAUUAAUGAUAAAUGUAACCAUUAAUACAUUAGGCAAGAAUAGCAUACAUCUGCUGGAAGCAUCAGCAAAUAUAUGGAUUAGCAAUGUUAGAUCAUCACUUGAUCAAGCAAUAACACUUGGUCCCAAAUCCACCUUGUCCAUAAAAGAUGUUUAUGGCAAAGUAACUUUUGCUGGAUCACACGAUAUUAAUGAUAAAAUAGCAUUAGUUGAACCACAGGAUCAAAAUAGCAAAGUGUCAUCUAGAGGACAACGUGGCGUGUUACCACAACCCUCACACAAUGAUCACUCCCCUUAUCGGCAAUGCAGUAACUACUCCCACCUCAUGUGGUUCCUGCCCUCCCUGUUGGCUUUAGCAGAGGCAUUCAUUAUUAUUAUCAACUGUACUAACUGGUUCCCAGAUCUCAAGAGUAGACGCCAUAGGCAGGGGGUGGAGGAGGGUGCUCGUGGCGUGGUUACUAACAAAGGAGAAGGGGUAAGCUAUCCUGACUCUGCUUGCUACUUCAACAGUGAGACAGCGGUUCCAUUGCAAGGCAACAUACGACAAAGAGUGAACGAAAAAAAUGUUUAAGGCUGCUCUGGAGUGAUGUUCUAUGCUCAUCCUAUCACAAUUCUCAUGUUCUCAUAGUAGGUUACUUUACUUCAUAAUGAAAACUAUUGUCAUGUACUGUAUGUCUGUUUAGUUUCAUUACAGAAUGUAUGCACUUUCAAGGAAAGUGCAAAGAUAUUUGUAUAAAAAACAGAAAUCAAUAUAAUAUGCAAGAUAUAGAUUAUUUAUAUUUACCGUAAGCUAAAGAUUCAAGAGCCUUCUUGUAUUGUUGUUUGUGGCAGACAACAAUUAUUGCGCAUGAAAAAUUAUUAGUAUUGAAGAAUUCCUUUUAGAUACAUGUGUGUUUGAUUUAAUUUCAAACAUGGAACAAAAUUUCAUGACGGUAUAUGAAAGAUUGACAAAUAAAAACAUAAUGCAUGCAGCAACACAUAAUUUCAUGAUGGGGGGGAAAAAAAAAAAAAGAGUAGCAAAUCAGCUGUGACAAGUCUGAACAAAUUAUUUAGCACUGUACAGUACUUAUUAAAUUCAAAGUUAAUCGAAAUAAAUCUCAACACUAAAGUGAACAAAUACCUUCACGUCAAAAAUUGUAUACAGUAUUACUUUUCUGAAUAAUUUCUUUAACAGUGAUUAUGUUAGUAAUAAAUAUAAUACAAUUG